AUGCCGAAAGAGGACCCAUCCCAUCCACCACCUCUCAAACGAGGUGAUGCAUGCCUAUACUGCAGAAAGAGGCGGAUCAGAUGUUCAGCCGAUAAACCAACAUGUCAACAUUGCUUGAAGUCAGGUAGAGAAUGCGUUUACGAUUCGGGAAAACCAGUCAGUAGGGUUAAACAGCUGGAAGAAAAAGUCGCACAGUUGGAAAACCUUUUGAAAUCCAGUACGGGCCAGGGAAAUAGUGCAGACAAUGGCAGAAGGGAGAGUAACACUAGCACUGCAUCGACCUCUCAACCCCCUCCUUUACAACAUCAUUCGUCAAGUAGCUCAUCUCAAUCUCAGGAUGUACCUAUGGACCUAUCUGGAAUGGGAACAGGAGAACCAUCAUCAUCCACUUCAUAUGAGUAUUCAGGAAACAACGAGAAUUUCGAUAUCAACUUGUUCGAUGCUAUACUAGGUAGUGGUACUAGUCAAAAUACCGGUUCUUCAAGUCAUAACAGCUUUGCAAGUUUCGGUGGUGCUUUCUUCAGUGGAAGUGCAAGUACCGGUGCGACACCGAAUUUCUUUGGACUUGUCAACUCGUCUUCCACUACCGGACAGAAUGUCGAAAGCCUAUUCGACUUCAACAUGUUAGAUCCGAACUAUAUGAGCUUAUUGAGUUCUUUUGGGGAUACUUCCACUGGUCCUUCCACUGCUGCUCAGCCCUUUGUGAAUUCAGAUUCCCAGUCACAUUUCCAAUCAUCCAAUAUCGAUACGAACCCAUCAGUUCCUAUUCCUCAUCCUGAUCCUCCAUCCGGUACUUUUCCUCAUCCUCAUCUCAGUGGACCCCCUCAACCACCUACUACCAGUGCUAGUCAGCCUAUUUCAGCUUCUCUUGGAUUUUACGACCCAAAUAGUACCAGUUGUCCCAUGCACCUCAACUCAGACGACUCAAAGGUGCCAACGUCAUACGAUCUGCCGCAGUCUCAAACCCAGACAAAUCCAUCAGUGCACAAUUCAGACGGUACAUCCCCGGCUAUGAACCAAUAUGUCAACUCAUGUAACCCCGAGGAUCUCACUCAGACACUGCUAAACACCCUUAACCGAAAUAACACACUUACCGAAUCCGAGAGCAGAAUGGCCGAGCUACUUAGAUCGUCUCAGAUGAAACAUCCCCAGUCAUCAGAUCCAGAAUCAUUCUUGAAAGAUGUGGAAAUAUCUCUGGAGCGUACUGUAGGUGCCGAUAGACAUACAUCGAUCACAAUAGGUAAAGAUGAUUCGAUCAAACAACAAGCUCCGAACUCACAACAGUGGGUGACGGGUAUAACGGAUUCUUCAACUCUCGAUGAUCCGGCUGGUCCAGGCACAAGCCCUACUGCUACUGCUGUCAGUGACGGCGGUGGAUUGAGAAGCUCGGUGCCGUUUUAUGAUCCUAAGGAGGAUUUUGCGGAAGACGAUGGAUCUAACACGUUGGUCGGUGGUUGGUUCGAUGCUCAUGAUUUACCGAAAGUUGCGAGGGAUCAUUUAUUGGACCUGUUCUUCUCGGGAAUGAGGUUGUUUGGACAAGAAUUUCACGUACCGAGAUUCAUGGCUAGUCUUACGCUUCCUGCCCACAAACGACCUCAUCCAUGUUUACUCUACUCCAUGUACACCCUCGCGUCCCGGAUAUCCGAUUCCUCACCUAUCAGACAAUUAGAACCUCAUUUCUACAAGAUUGCUUCCAGUCAGCUGGAAACUUCCAUCGGUAUGGCCGACAGGUUAUUGGAUGCUACGAGGGCUUCUACGUUGUUGGCCAUCUACAAGUACAGUAAAGCUAGGUACCACGAAGGGUGGAUGAUGACUGGACAGGCAGCAAGGCUCGCUGUAUCUUGUGGUCUACAUCAAAUUCCCUCAUCAGUCUUUAAGGCCUCCAACUUACCUCAGCUCAAUGCUGACCUCGUGGGAAUGAUGAGACAUCGAUCAUACGUCUUACCUCCACCUAAGGAUGCUACAGAGCUGGGAGAGAGGAUAUGGUGUUUCUGGUCAAUAUAUAUCACGGAUCGAUGUGGAAGUAUUUCUACACAAUGGCCCCCGGCCAUCUCGGAUGAAGUGGUCACUACACCCUUCCCUAGGCCUUUGCACGAGUAUGAGCUGGGCCUAGUAACUGAACAAGACGAUCAUCAAUCCAUUCAAUCGCUAUACAGACCCUCACCUCAUCAUAACCCUCUGCCGCAUUAUGCAGAGACCACCCUGAUCUCCAUCAGACUACGUGCUAUCUGUAUAUUAGAAAGAGCUUCGAAACUGAUGUAUCAACCUCCUGAAGAAGGUUGGGAAAGAUCUUUACCAUUGUCUAACCCAACUUCAACCUCUAAUUCUAACUCGAAUUCAAACUCGCCAUCAAGUAAUAUAUAUGAUUACAUUUAUUCGCAAAUCAGUACUGCAGCAGGUUUCAUGCCUUCUUAUCAAACUACUGGUAACGGCACGCAUCGUACUAGUAAUAGCCACAGUAGGAGUAGAGAAGGAUGGACAAGGACAGCUCGGAUUAGGACUCCAAAAGCGUAUGAGGAAGUGAAACAGGCUUUACUAAAGAUCGAAUCUGAUUUACCACCUGAAUGGAGAGUUGAAUGGUGGAAAUGGGAUGGUAAAGUACAAGAAUGGCAUUUCACCAAAGCUAGAAAAGAUCUUAUAACGCUUCACUUCGUUUUAGGCUGUGCAUGGAUGUUCCUCUAUGAUGUCUUCUCUUUCAACGCUGAGAACACCGAUGCGAUCAACGUUGCGAAGAGAUUGACUGUGACUGUUAGAUUUGUUUCCAAGGAGGUUAUGACUAGCGAUUUGGAUGUGUUUAUCGCUAUGACAUGGUCGUUUAUUUCCAAGAUCUUGAUUAGGGAGAUGAAGAGGUUACAAUCUCUUGGUGAUGUUGCAGGUGCAAACUCCCUUGAACCUGAUGUUCAAAUACUGGUCACCGCCCUUGAAGAAUUCGGACAACGUUAUACAAUCGGUACGAUGCAGGCCAUGCGCACGGAAAGAUAUAGUAAAACGACAAAGGAAGAAACUUCUUUUUUGUAUAAGGCAGAUAAACGGAAUCAACGUCAAGAGGAUGGCGACGACGAUAGUGAUGGUGAAGAAAAGGAUGUUGAUGAAGAGAGGAUUUCAUUCGUUGACGUGAGAGAUUCGAUGAGUGGUGCAGAAGAUUGGAGGACAACAACUUUAGUUUCGAGAUUGGGUGGAGAGUGA